AUGUCUGCACGACGUGAUUUUGAUCAAAUGAAUAAACAAAACGUAGUUUCGUGGAGUGACGACCUAAUUUCGGGGAAGUUCCCAAAGGGGCUUGCUUUUCGUUUUCUUAGAACAUAUAAAUCAAAAUGGGUUUCAAAGCGUGAUCGGGAUUUCCGCCUUAACCACUAUAAAUCUGCACUCGUGCUUACGUCUUGUAUAAUAGUUGAGGACGUUUUUUUAGGCAGACAGUGGCAUGGGUAUUUAUUGAAAUCUGGAUUAGAGUGUCAUCCGUACGUGAAAACUCCACUUGUACACUUGUAUCGCAUGUUGUCGGAUGUGGUAGGGGCUGUGGAGGUUUUAGUUUCUAUCCCUCAAACGGAUACCUCCACAUAUAAUAUGUUCGUGGUUGAAAAAGGUUUCUUGGAUGAGGCAUUGAAUAUCAUAAGGAAAAUGAUGGCUGAUGAUAUGGUGUGGAACAAAACUACUUAUAUAGGUAUGUUUGGUCUUUGUGCUCGCCUUAAAUAUUCCGAAUUGGGGAAUCAAGUUCACAACAAGCUGCUAAAGAGUGAUGUCGAGCUUGAUGUUUCUGUAUGUAAUGCAAUGGUCAAGAUGUAUCGGAACUGUGGAAAUGUUGGAGAUGCUCUGAAUGUUUUACGUGCGUAUAAAGCUCGAGACAUGGUUUCAUGGACAACAAUGAUGCAUGGUUCCUCAGAUUAUGAGUUCUUUGAGGCUUCAAUAAAAUUAUUUUCGAAAAUGCAACAUGACAAUGUUGUUCCAGACGAAUCUACCUUUUGUGUAAUACUCGAUGCUAGUGCUCAGUUAUUCUCUAUGAGUUUGGGAAAUUUAUUCCAUGCAUUUGCAGAGAAGACUGGAUUCAAGGGUGAUAAGAAAGUCCAGGAUGCCUUGAUCAGCAUGUACCUAAGGACUGGCGACAUUAAAGCUGCGGAAAAAGUGUUUUUUAGUAUGACGACUGAUGAUAUCAGAACCUGGGAUAUGAUGAUAUGUGGAUACCGCCUUCAUGGUUUUGGAAACGAGUCGUUGGCUUUGUUUCAAGAAAUGUUGGAAUCAGGGGAAUUAGAUCCUACUUAUGCGACUUUUGUUGCUGUUCUCAGUGCCUGUGGACAGUUGGGGCUUGUGGAAGAAGGGUUCUACUAUUUUUAUGAGUUAAUGAAACAGAAGGGCAUCGAACCUGAUUCAGUGCACUAUACGUGUAUCAUGAAAAUUCUAAUCAAGGCUGGACAACCAGAUGAAGCUUUUAAUUUCAUGGCAUCAACACCAUUAAUCAAAUUCGAUUCCUAUGCUUGGAAGAUCAUGCUCAAUGCUCCUCAUGUUGAUAAAAACAAUAUGGUUACCCGACUUGCAGAUUUGGUCCCUGAUGAAUGGUUGGCUGAUGAGAAAGAAGCUUUACAAAGUUUUGGAGCUGCAAACCUCACUGAAUUGACGAAAAUAGUUAGGGAUAGAAAUAAAGAACCUGAGCUGAGCUGGGUUGAGGUUAAGAGGCAAACACAUAAGUUUGUUUCGCUUGUCAGUGGUGACCCAGAAUUUGCUAAGCAUCAUAAAAUAAUCAAGUCUUUGUUUGCUAGUAUUAAAGCAGAUGCUGGUAAUGUUGUGGAAGACUCAUGUGAUGGUUAUCACAGCGAGAAGCUUGCAGUAGCUUAUGCCCUAUUGAAUGCACAUGACAUGGCACCAAUCUUUAUCAUAAAGGCCUCAGGGAAGAUGUGUGAUGAUUGCCACUCUUUUAUGAAAUUAAUCUCAAAAGUCAAAAAAAGGUUGAUCACAGUGAGAGACGACAGGUAUUUCCAUCACUUCCAAGAUGGAAGUUGCUCCUGUGCAGAUUAUUUUGGUUGA